AUGCUGUCCUGCGCGGCGUCAGCCGUCCGAUCUGGGCCCAGCACCCUCUUCCGCGGUGUCGGUCUGAGGGGCAUGGCCACCGGCCAGGACCUGAAGCUGCCCGCACUGCCAUAUGACUAUGAUGCGCUUGCGCCCGUAAUCAUCCCCGAGAUCAUGGAGAUUCAUCUCACGAAGCAUCAUCAGGCUUACGUCACCGGGUUCAACAAUGCUCUGGCCCAGCUAAAGGAUGCCGAGGCGAAGACCGACCCAAGCGCAAUCGUGGGACUGCAGUCUGCCCUGAAGUUCAACGGGGGAGGCCACAUCAACCAUGCGAUCUUCUGGAAGAGCCUCAUUCCUCCCAAGGCAUGGCCUGCCCCAGGCAGGGAGUUCCAGCCACCCAGCGGACCUCUUGAGGAGCAGAUCAAGGCUACCUGGGGAUCCUUGGACACCUUCACUGCCAAGUUCAACGCUGCGGCCGCCGGAGUGCAGGGCUCCGGCUGGGGAUGGCUGGCGUACAACCCGGAGACCAAGGGUCUGCAGAUCGCCACCACCGCCAACCAGGACCCCCUGCAGCCCACCACCAAGCUCAUCCCCCUUCUGGGAGUGGACGUCUGGGAGCAUGCCUACUACCUCCAGUACAAGAACGUGCGCCCCGACUACCUCAAGGAGAUCUGGAAGGUCAUCAACUGGAAGGAGGCCGGCGACCGCUUCGCGGCCGCCUCCAAGGUCUGA